UUAAGGCAUUUCUCCAUGAAAGUGUGUGAGAAGGUGCAGAAAGGAGUAACCACCUACAAUGAAGUGGCAGAUGAGCUGGUUGCAGAAUUCAGCUCUGCAGACAACCACAUGUCACCCAAUGACUCGCAUGUGUAUGACCAGAAGAACAUUCGGCGGCGUGUGUACGAUGCACUCAAUGUGCUCAUGGCCAUGAACAUUAUCUCGAAAGAGAAGAAAGAAAUAAAGUGGAUAGGCCUUCCCACAAACUCAGCGCAGGAGUGCCAAAACCUAGAGGUGGAGAGACAAAGACGGCUGGAGAGGAUUAAGCAAAAACAAUCACAGCUUCAGGAGCUCAUACUACAGCAAAUAGCUUUUAAGAACCUUGUUCAGAGGAACAGACAGACGGAGCAGCAAGCAAUCAGACCUCCACCUCCCAACUCCAUCAUCCACCUUCCGUUCAUCAUCGUCAACACCAGCAAGAAAACGGUCAUCGACUGCAGCAUCUCUAAUGACAAGUUCGAGUAUUUGUUCAAUUUUGACAGCAUGUUUGAGAUCCACGAUGACAUCGAGGUGCUGAAGCGGAUGGGCAUGGCGUGUGGUCUGGAGGUUGGGAAAUGUUCUCCAGAAGAUCUGAAGGUCGCACGCAGCCUGGUGCCCAAAGCUCUGGAGCCCUAUGUUAUAGAAAUGGCCAAGGGUCCUAUCAGUAACGUCUACAUCACUGGAGGGUCCUCCGCCAAUGGAACACGUUACCCUGCGAGCAGUGAUGGUUGCACUGACGGCACCAUGGCCUCCAGCUCAAAUGACUCUCACUACAGCGGCUCUCGUGUGGAGACUCCAGUGUCUUAUAUGGGUGAUGAUGACGACGACGAAGAGUACGACGAGAACGAGGACGAGGACUAAAAUCGUCUAUGCCACGCCACUCCAACAAGCACAGCCCCCCCCCCCCCUCCCCCCACCUUUAUUGUGGGAAUUUAGGUCCCCCUUUUUUUGUGUGUGUGCUUCUCAAACCUUUCCCCCCGUUCCCCCCCCGUCCCCCCUCCCCAUGCCUGUAUUUCUGUCCGGCUUUCUCAGGGGUGUAGAUGAUGUUGAAAGAACAGAGGUGUGCAUGGCACCCAUCUUUUUUCUGCUCCUGAAUCACGUGCACCUGCACCACCACCACCGCUCUGGGGGAGGCGUCGUCCAAGGGAACUGUAAUCUGUCGGCCCGGCGCACCACGCUCAAGUCUUUGUAUGUCUAAUCCACGUCUCAAUAAGCCAUCCCACUCUAAAGAAAAAGAAAAACAAACCUCAGUAAAACGUACUGCUGUUGGAGAAUGUAUUAUGUACCUGUUUGAAUAGUUAUUUCCUAUUACUUUGCGAUGACAAAGCGGCAGACAUGACGAGGAUCAAAAUGUUCAAAGAUGGCCAAAAGUGUCUGCUUUAACAUGCCCUGUUAGUGCAUUUACCAUGGUUUCUGAAAUGCCUGAUACAGUUGUCAUGGCAACACAGGAUGGGGCUCCAUCAGGUGUGUUGAUGAAUUUUUUUGUUUUGUGUUCUGGGCAAUAAUUUGAAAUAGUUUCUUAUCCUCUAUUGUGUUGGGCUGGCUUCCUUCUGUUCUGUAGGCAGCCAUGUUUUCCUGAUUUAUUUUUUUUGCUAGAGUUUUUCUUUUUUUUUUUUUUGUAUUCUGGAUUUAAAAGGACUUCUCCAUCACCACCCUGAUAACGCCUUGGUUAGUGUUUACAGAAUAAUGGCACCAGCAAGGUAAAGACUUUUAUAACCCAGGCUCCUUCUAGGUAAAUAAGCUUUGUUUGUGAAUUACGUAUAUGAACCCUACGACGAUUGUAGCUUAUAGUAUCCUUUUAGAGGCCAGUGGUAAAAGAUAGACCUUCAAAAUUUAUCGAUGUAAAAAAUAAAUGUGUGGUUGCAUAGGUCUUUAUGUACUCCCUUUAAAGAUCUCCCUUUUAAAAACUCAGCAACACAUGUACUGACUCUUCCAAAUACCUUUUUCUGUAAUCUAAUAUAAGUUUGCAAAAAUAAAUAUAGAUUGUUUUAAUAA